UUUACCACCAGUAGAACACACAGAACUGACUCCUGGUCAAUAUAUUUGAACUUUUUUUUAAUUUUGCACCAAAUUAUGGCAUCUAAAAUGAAGGAACGCAAGAGAACGCCAGUUUCCCACAAAGUGAUAGAGAAAAGAAGACGAGAUCGCAUCAAUCGAUGCCUUAACGAGUUGGGGAAAACGGUACCAAUGGCUCUGGCAAAGCAGAAUUCCGGAAAGCUGGAGAAAGCGGAAAUCCUGGAAAUGACCGUUCAGUAUUUGCGGGCUCUUCACUCUGCAGACUUUCCGCGGGGCAGGGAGAAAGGGGAGCUCCUGGCAGAGUUUGCCAAUUACUUUCAUUACGGCUACCACGAAUGCAUGAAGAACCUGGUUCACUACCUAACUACGGUGGAGAGGAUGGAGACCAAAGACACAAAAUACGCGCGGAUCCUCGCCUUUCUGCAGUCCAAGUCCCGCGUCGUGGCAGAGCCCGUCUUCGGCUCGGCCGCUGCUCUGCCCGACCCCGCGGACUACCUGUGCCAGAUGCACCCCACGUCGGACCCCCAAAGCCUCAGUCCCACCGAGUCGGUUUUCCAGCAGACGCCCCCAGGACACUUCUCUUGGCACGCCUCGACGCGCAGCCCCUCAAUCGCCUACCCGCCGGUGCCACUGGGCGGCUCGGCACCGCAGCACGCCGGCUACCUGUCGCCGGUGCCAGGACUGGAGCACCACUACGUUAGCCUCAUCGGGCACUCGCACGCUAACGCCUUCGCACUUCACAGCGCGCAGCACGCAGCCUUGUAA